GUGGCAUAACUCUUCCUUCUGGCUGCUGGGCACUUUGCUGUCAGCAGCUGGGAUGUUGAGGAGAAGCAGAGCUGCCUGCAGUGUGCCAGGGGAGGCGUCAGGCAGAAGGGAUGUGUGCAAGUGCAGCGGCCAUUGUGCCGUGGGCAGGCGUGCUUCAGCUCUGCUAAUGCCGGAGGGUUGUUCUGGCAUUUGUACAAGGAAUAUAUUUGCUCUGGAGGGUCAGGCUCAGUUGCUCUCCUCUUUCUGGACUGAAAAAUUGAGAACCAGUCGUGUUCAGAGCUAGAAGAAACCCAGUUGUUUUGAAUCCCAUUAGAUUAUAUUGCCUCCUCCUGCUGAUGCACGGACAUGAGUUUCUUUCUUGCCUUCUAACUCAGACAGUCUCCUAUAAAAAGGCAGGACCUAAGACCCUUUUCAGAUCCUAAUACACACAAAGUCUAGUGUCUGAGAGCUCGUUUCUUUGAGAGAUGCUAUUUGUUUGGCUGCUGUGCAGUUAUGCUGCUGGCAUGCCUGGAUUUGGAGGAUGGUGGCUGCAGCCUGUGGCUUCAGGGAGAGGUUUAGGAGCAGCGGGCAGAUAGCACUGUGUAAGGGACACCGGAGAGGAGUGUCAAGUCCCGGAGUACUGUGUGAGGAACACCGGAGAGGAGUGUCAAGUCCCGGGCAGGGCGGCGAGGAGGUGGCGUGGGCCAGCGAGUGUGUGUGACAGGCCACUAGGUGGCACUUCCAGUACUUCCCAUUGUUUGUACCGCAUUGGCACCUUGGAUGUUGAAAGUCCCAGUAGCUCCACUCGUUUGUGUUUGUUCAGACUGUAUUGGAAGAGAGGAAAGCUGAGAGCAACUUGCAGAACCAGGCUGGGGUUUGAACUUGAUCCUACAAGCUGGGAGACUAAACUAAUCCAUUCUGUUCAGCUCUGCAGAGUAGCUCCUGGAAGUCCAGAUUCUGUUUCUUGGACAGCCCCAUGUUUCUUUUGCUUUCUUGUUCUGUAUGAACUCUUUCUUCUAUCUAGCUUUUGCAGACCAUUCCUUAAUCUCACUGUAUCCCUUUUAGCCAUGGAAAUAAUAAGGACUUGGCAGGACUUGUUUUUCUGGAGUACUCUGUUUGGUUGGAAGGCCAGUGACACCAUGAUUGGUGGGGUGCUUCAUGUGAACAGCAGAUGUUUGUAGAGGAGGGGACCUAAGACAGCUAUUGUUCUCCUUUUUUAGAUUGCCCACCAAAUACAUGUGUUUUAAUAAAAACAAAAGGGGGGGGAGGGAGGGGGAGGAAACAUUAGGGGUUGGAAAAGAUAAUGUAUUACCUGUUUCUGAAUAAACGUUUGUUAUACAGAGAGUGGAUUCCAAGCCUUUUUAGAUGCUGCGAAGCACCUAAAGAUAAGUGGUGGUGUUCCAAUAUUGAGUCAGUCGCGCUUUCUAAGUGAACACAGACAUUUCUGAUAAGGUGAUGAAGAGCAAGAGGAGCUCAUGGGUGAGAGAGCUGUUACUCAUCCACUUUCUAGUCUGGAUCAUGCAAAUUAGCAGCUGACUCCUGCUACUAAAUUGAAGCCGUUUGUGUCCGUGUAAUUCCAAUUCUCUUUUUAGAGAAAAAAAACAGCCUUUGUUACUGGCAGCCUAGUCAUUUAAAAAGUAAUUUUAUAGCAAAAACAGCUCUGAGAUCAGGGUACCUGUUCCAGGUGAAGUGGGAUACUUUCAUUACCAGCUAGACAGAAAGCUGUGUAAAUGUGGAACAUGUAUUGGGAGUGCAUCUCCUGCCUCUUCUGAAAGAACGGGGAGACUCAAGGAUUUUUUUGAUUAAUAGAUGUGUGUCCUUUUGAAAAGCCAAGUAGCAAGUUGCAUUUUAACUUACUGUUAAACUCUGCCUUAUGUUUAGGUUAUCUGUGAGUUUAUGAUGGCAUUGACAUACUUCCAUGGAAAAAGGACUGUCUGCUCUGUGCCAUAGCUCUGUGAUCUACGGCAGCAUAUUCUUAUUUUUUACAAAUCCACUAAUUAAGUGGGUGUCCAAACACCACCCCAUGGCUUGUCUUACAGCAGUGUCUUGGUGUACAGUGGUGUUCUGGUCUUGGUCAGCUCCUUAAUGCACCAUUGCAUGGCUGCUUCUGUUGGGCACUGAAACAAGAGGAACUGUUUAUUCCCAGUUCUUACCAGGUUAUUCCCAGUCCUUUUCAGGUGGUUCACCUUGGCUCUCCAGUUUCUCCUGGACAUCCUGCAGUUGUCAUGCUAAUCAUGAUUUCGAACCUACCACCUUCUGUCUACAUUUAUCAUCAUGCAACAUGGUUAUAUUUUUGUGUUGUUUUGGUGGGGUUUUUUUCUUCUGGGCUGGUAGAAAUUAUGGACUUGCAUAUGAAGUACUAAUUGCCUGCCCUCUGAAUUAAUGUGCAUUAAUUUAGACAUUGAAUUAAAUGGCUGGCCAGGACAGGUGGUAGGUAAUUUGUAAUGGUGUUUCUUUUGUUUGUUUUGGGUUUCUUUCUUUUAUUUCAAAAAUGUGAGGACGUCUGAAGUGAUGCCACGAUGUGCAAGUUUGAUGUAUUUUCAUGGCUUUUGCAUGUACCUUCUGAUAAUGUUCAUUAACUUGAUAUUUGGUUGGAUCAAUUCUCCAUGUCAUGUCAUAUUUUGUCACCUCCUACAUUAGCUUUCAGUAUUUUUAAAAUGGUUCUGUCUUCCAUUACAAGCUCGUCUGUAAAGGUUGGGGUUUUUUUGUAAUUAACAAGAGUCUUUUAAAACAAUUGCCUUUGAAUGUUUCUACAUCUCUUUAGGAUUUACUUAACUCUCUCAGAUUACGGACAGUGCGUGAGUUUUACACUGUUUAUACAAAAACAUAAACUCAAGCCUGGGGCUGCGGCGAGUCCAGCCGCCGCCAUUAUCAGGGCCGCGCCGUGCAGGGGGAACUACAGCUCCCGGCGGCCCCCGCGCCGCCGCGCGCAGAGAAGAUGGCGGCCGCCACGGGGCGUGCGGCGGGAGCGGCGCCGGCGGGAUACACGGGUGAGGGGCAGCGCGGGGCCCCGGGAACCGGGAUACGCGGCCCUGGCGGUGAAGUUCGCGGAGCGGCAGCGCUCGCACCACUGCCUGCUGGUGAAGGAGCACCAGGUGCGGGAAGGGGCCGACACCGCGCACCCGCCUCACCGCACCCUCUUCGUCCUGAACGUGCCCCCGUACUGCGGCCCGGACUCGUUGUCUAGGCUGUUCUCUCGCUGCGGGCAUGUGCAGUCUGUGGACAUCUGUGACAAGCCCGGGCCAGGAGAGAAGAAAGAUAAACUGGCGUCCAAAUUCUUCGACCACAAAACUCUAAAGGGAUUUCAAGUAGCAUACGUGGUGUUCAGGAAACCAGCAGCUGUCCAGGCAGCCAAGGCUCUAUCACAGGAAGGUCCCUUGCUAAUAUCAACAGAGAGCCACCCUGUGAAAACUGGCAUCAGCAAGUGGAUCGCCAGCUACCAGGCCUCCAUCGUGGAUCCGAAGGAGCUGAAGGCUGAGGUGGAUGCCUACAUGGAAGACUAUGAUAAAAAGAUGGCAGAGGAGGAGGCCAAAGCCGCCAAGGAGGAGGGUGUUCCGGAUGAGGAGGGCUGGGUGAAGGUGACCCGCAAGGGCCGCAAGCCCGGCCUGCCCCGCACGGAGGCUGCCAACCUGCGCCUGCUGGAGAAGGAGAAACGGAAAAGGGCCCGCAAAGAGCUGCUCAACUUCUAUGCCUGGCAGCACCGCGAGAGCAAGAGAGAGCACAUUGCCCAGUUGAGGAAGAAAUUUGAGGAGGACAAGCAGAGGAUUGCACUGAUGCGAGCCCAGCGCAAGUUUCGGCCGUACUAGGUUGUGCUGAGCUGGUCUUCAGGUGACUGUGCUGGAGAGGGUAGGAGAGAUGCCUGUUGACUCCAUUUGCCAAAGGAUUUUGAGGAAUUGAGGCAGCUUUGGGUUGCCUCUGCCCUUGGAUCUGAAAUGGGAGAUCCCAGCAACUGCUGCUGGAGGAGAGUUCCCUUUACUUGCACCAGUAUCCUCCUGCUCUUCUGUCAUUGAGCCCCGUGGCACCACUUCUCAGGGUGUUCAGGUCAAGGGGCUGAGGCACAUCCUGUGACCACCUCUAUCUCCCUGCCACCCAAAACCACACCUCCUAAAGCUUGGUGAGAACUGGGAUUGACCUAGCGCAGCCUCUGCAGGGGCAGGGAACAGCUGAAGAACUGUAAAUAAACUGCUGCUACUGUUUUCAGAA